AUGGCCAAUAUUAUCGAAGAAGCAUAUGCUGCAACCCAAUUUGAUGAUAUUGAUAAACUAGAAGUACCAGCAUUAAUGAAAGAACGUUUAUAUGGAAAGCUUCUUAAAGCAAUGUGUAUUUCAUUACCAUCGAGUUUUACUUGUGAAGAUUCAGUUCAUCUAACAGGUAUUAAUGAUGAUCAAGCAUUAAAUAAUGCAACAUCAUCACAUUCAAUUGCACGAGGUCUUAGUUGGAGAGAAGCCACUGAAUGA